AUGCCUAUCGAUUUACUGCUACGAAUUGAAAUUGUUCUGAUGAUGGCCAAAUUAGAAUCACCAUCAUCAGUUAGACGAUAUUUUCAGCGUGAAAAUGUCUCUAAUAUUCCUUCAGAAAAAUCUAUUAAAGCUGUUUAUGAUAAAUUCAUCGAAACUGGUACCGUGUUUGAUCGACAACGGUCAGGAAGACCAUCCUUAAUGACUGAAGAAAAGUUAGAUGAAAUUGAAGAAGUUCUAUCAACUACUUCCAUGGUCAGUGUUCGUGGUGUUUCUCAAAGUGUCAACCUAUCCAAAACAGUCGUACAUCGUGCAAUGCGUGAUGUAUUAGGUUAUAAACCAUACAAAAUGCAUCGAACACAACAGCUAUUUGACGAAGACAAAGACUUACGUGUUGUGAUGGCUGAAAUCUUGUUACCAAUUAUUGAAGAUGAAAAUAAUGAUGGUUUGAUUUUUCUUUCUGAUGACGCAACAUUUCAUGUUUCAGGUAUGAUACAUAAACAUAAUUGUCGCAUUUGGUCUCAAGAUAAUCUACAUACAACCAUGGAAGUUGCAAUGAAUUCACCAAAAGUUACAGUGUGGUGUGCAAUGUCAAGCAAGAUGAUUAUUGGACCUUAUUUUUUCGAUGAAUCGACAGUUAACCAACAUAACUAUCUCGACAUGCUGCAAAACUUCUUCUAUCCAUUCUUACAGAAGAAAAAAUUGACUAGAAGAAUCAUUUUUCAACAAGAUGGAGCACCAGCUCAUUUUGCAAAUUCAGUUCGUUCAUGGUUGGAUGAUAGUUUUGAUGACCGGUGGAUUGGGAGAGGUGGAUCCAUUUCCUGGGCUCCACGGUCACCUAAUUUAUCACCUUUGGACUUUUUUCUAUGGGGAUACAUCAGAACAAAUAUUUAUAGAACAAGAAUUAAAGACCUGAACGAACUAAAAGCUCGAAUCACUCAAGAAAUUCAAUCAAUCGAAAAAAAAACUUUCCAUAAUGUUUUUCUCGAAAUAGGCAACAGAUUCAAUUUUUAUAUUUCGCUGGAAGGUAAUACUUUUGAACAGUAUUUAUAA